UGUUCUGGGCCGCGCCAGUCCCAUCCGAAAAGACCUCCGCUUUCCGGUCGUUGACAGGCUCGGACUGGAUUGCCAGCCCUUUCGACUGAGCGACACAAUGUCGACCACUCAUCCAGCAGCACGUGCUCUCUGCAGUCCAACACUGGAGAGCAACGCGUAAAGGUUGCCAAUGUCAAAGAUGACAGCCUCAUAACCAGAGCAGGCACGGAAGUCUUGGAAUCCCUCGGUGGCAGACUGCUGUAAUUUGGCGUGGCAUUAUCGAAAAAUGUCUGCGAGAGCUACGUAGAGGCAAUCUGGACGAUCACAAACAACACUGCAGCAGUGGCAGCAGCAAAGACUUGCUAUUGUGGGCAAGAGGACCAUGACAUUACCACUAGUGCCAGGCAUGAAUAUCAACGUGUUGCUUCAGCUUCCACUGACUUCUCAUUUCGAGAACCUCACGCUGGAGCUCAACAACUACAGCGCUCCUGUACAAAAUCAAACACAGUACCACGCCACUGUCAUCAACGAUUACAUCACCAGCAUCCCCGCUGUGAAGGCAUUCUUCUACUGUAUCUACAUCCUCAUCUUCGUUGUGGGCAUCUGUGGCAACGUGCUUGUCUGCUACGUCGUGUUUCGCAACAAGUCUAUGCAGACGGUGACUAACUUCUUCAUCACCAAUCUUGGACUGUCGGACAUCCUGUUAUGUACACUAGCCGUACCCUUCACCCCACUGUAUCAAUUCAUGCGGAAGUGGGUCUUCGGUCGCGUACUAUGCCACCUAGUCCCUUACGCGCAGGGCGUCAGUGUCUACAUCUCCGCCUUCACACUGAUGGCGAUCGCCAUCGACCGCUUCUUCGUCAUCAUCUACCCUUUCAAGCCGCGGCUUCAAGUGAAGAUAUGUCUAGUUAUCAUCGUGUCUAUCUGGCUGACAGGUGCCUUACUCACGUUGCCGUACGGUAUCUUCAUGCACUUGACACCGGACCCUGACGAUGGAGGACGGUAUUACUGUGAGGAAAAGUGGCCCGACGAAGAGAGCCGCCGCACCUUCAGUUUUUCCACGAGCACACUGCAGUUUGUGGUGCCUUUCAGCAUUAUCAGCUUCUGCUACAUGCGGGUCUGCUGCAAGCUGCGCGACCGCGCACGCGCGAAACCCGGCGCUAAAUCUGUAAAGAAAGAAGAACUGGAGCGCAAACGAACUCGCCGCACCAAUCGCAUGCUCAUUUCUAUGGUGGUCAUAUUUGGGGCAUCAUGGCUGCCCCUGAACCUGUACAACCUGGUCAUGGACUUCUUCAUCCAAGCUGCCACCUGGAAAUACGCAAACGCGUUCUUCUUUCUUUCACAUGCGGUUGCGAUGAGUUCCACGUGCUACAACCCGUUCCUGUACGCUUGGCUUAACGACAACUUUCGGAAGGAAUUCAAGCUCGUUCUGCCCUGCUUCAACACCACCCCAGCCCAACAGCCGUCGUCUUCACGAAGAACAAACAACCCCAAGGCAGACCGUACCUACUGCAACGGCCACGAAACGGCACAGGAAACCCUACUCCCUCAGCACAGCCCACCGGAAGAGAAGGACCGUGUCCCCACCCCGUCUUCAGUGCCCGUCGUACAUUACGUCUCCGAAACGGACACUGUCAAACUGCAGAUAUGCAGCGACGCCAAAGAAGACGUGUGAGGUAUGAACGCCAAAACGCCGUUGUUGUCUUUGCUGUCUUCGUGUGUGGAACCGCCAAGUUUACCCUCGUCACGUCGUACUUUUCUCGAUGUGAGUGCAACGCCAUUUCGUUCUUCUUUUCGCACUGUCACAGACCAUAGGAAAUGCUGGACUGUGACCUCCCGCUUCGUAUCGAGAAAAAGAAACAGACAAAACAAUGGUACAAUACCUGCUUGACCACCUCUGUGUAAAAGUGACCGAGCCUGUGAACAAACAAAAUAUUCCACGUGAGAGGAAAAAAAAAAGUAUGGGCUACACGUGCUCAAGUCAUGUGUCCUUGUGCUGGUACCGUGGUUCUUCGGGAACUCCUACCGAAAAGGGCGGAUUGUCUCAGUGUUCUGGCCGUCCUCCAGCGUGUGUCUCAGAGGCUGAAGCAAGCACCCAGAUACCAGGAGCUCGACACCAGUACAAAUCCCCCUUCCCGGUGUUUCGAUAUCAUUGCUCCUUCGACGGUGCCCUCGUAUGGUGAGCGUAUGUCAUGUUGACAUCCCCACAUCGUAUGUGUAAACGCACUUCCAUAUAACCUCCAGGUCGACGCGUAACCCAAUGAACACAUUUCUUUAAUAUCAAGCACAGCAUGCAUUUAUCGCGCUCUUUUCUUUUUUUUUUUUUUUCCGUACCAAGCCCCCCUUCAAUUGGGUGGCCAAUCCGUCUGGUUCCACCUCUCCCACGUGGAGCUCGUGUUCCUCUGGUACUGCCUUUCGAAAGUAUUGUUCAGCCUUUGCUAAAGGACAUUGUAGUGUAUCCCAUGUACAUACGCAUAUACCCACACACGCAUGCACAGUUCCACGUUGGUAGGGGUCGACCCACGGGGCUACGGAUUAUGGAUCCACCCAGUUGAAGGUCGAUCUCGCCAUUGAGUAUUUUAAAUAUUGAACCUCAGAUCAAACCAGUGUAUCAAAUCUACCUUUAUGAUAUUUCGAUCUGUCCUUAUUGACAACAUUUGAUUCGUUAUAAAAUAAAUGUAACACGUAAGAAGCAUUAAUAAAGGUCGUAUAAACCCUCUGU